AUGGCUGCCCUGCAGAAAUCUGUGAACUCUUCCCUUCUGGGAGCUCUGGCUGCCAGCUGCCUCCUCAUUGCCCUGUGGGUGCAGGGAGGAGCAGCUGUGCCCAUCGGCUCUCACUGCAGGCUUGCCAACUCCGACUUCGAGCAGCCCUAUAUCACCAACCGCACCUUCAUGCUGGCUGGGGAGGCUAGUUUGGCAGAUAACAACACAGAUGUUCGUCUCAUUGGGGAUACAUUGUUCCACGGAGUCAAUAGAGGAGACCGCUGCUAUCUGAUGAAGGAGGUAUUGAACUUUACCCUUGAAGAAGUGCUGCUCCCCCAAUCCCAUAGAUUCCAGCCCUAUAUGCAGGAGGUGGUGCCCUUCCUGACCAAGCUCAGCAACAGGCUAAGCCAAUGUCAUAUCGACAGUGAUGACCAGCAUAUUCAGAGAAAUGUGGAAAACCUGAAGGACACAGUGAAAAAGCUUGGAGAGGAUGGAGAGAUCAAAGCAAUUGGAGAACUGAAUUUGCUGUUUAUAGCCCUGAGAGAUGCCUGCAUUUGA